AUGUAUAACUUCAUGGGUCUGAACAGCACGGCCGUAGCUCUUCAGCCCAAUGUGUCCUGCACAUGCAACUGCAAAAGGUCUUUGUUCCAGAGCAUGGAGAUCAGCACUGAAUGUUUAGGUCGCACCUUUCCAGGUAAACUGGCGGAGUUGGAGUUUGUACAGAUAAUCAUAAUCGUGGUGGUGAUGAUGGUGAUGGUGGUGGUGAUCACAUGUCUGCUGAACCACUACAAACUCUCUGCACGAUCCUUCAUCAGCCGGCACAGCCAGGGGAGGCGGAGAGACGAGAACCUCUCAUCAGAGGGAAGCCUGUGGCCUUCGGAAAGCACCGUGUCGGGGAACGGAAUAGCAGAGCAGCAGAUCUACACCCCGCGACCCAGCGACCGCCUGGCAGUGCCAUCCUUUCUGCAGAGGGACCGCUUUAACAGAUUCCAGCCAACCUACCCCUACAUGCAGCACGAGAUCGACCUGCCGCCCACCAUCUCGCUGUCGGACGGCGAGGAGCCCCCCCCGUACCAGGGACCCUGCACGCUGCAGCUGCGAGACCCCGAGCAGCAAAUGGAGCUCAACAGAGAGUCGGUCCGGGCCCCCCCCAACAGAACCAUCUUUGACAGUGACUUGAUAGAUAACUCCGUGUACGGGGGGCCGUGCCCCCCCAGCAGUAACUCUGGCAUCAGCGCGACCUGCUAUGGGAGCAAUGGUAGGAUGGAGGGACCGCCGCCGACGUACAGCGAGGUGAUAGGGCACUACCCCGGGUCGACGUUUUACCAGCACCAGCAGAACAACAACGGGAUGCCCUCCAUCUUGGAGGGCAGCAGACUCCAUCAUUCACAAAUCAAUGGCCUUGAGAGCACAACCGCGUGGAACAAAGAGAAAGAGAAACAAAAAGGGCACCCCUUUUAA